CCGGAGAGACAAGCGAAGAAGUUGAGAGAGGAGACGGGAGGAAAAAAUAUUAUAGCAGUGGAUAAUACAAUACAAUACAUUUAUAACAGAAAGGAAGUCGCUGGUGUCGUGAUUUACAGAAAUGGGUGUUAGUUGGCAGCUGCAGUUGGUAUCCGACAAACGCAAGACACCAUGAUUGUGUGCCUCAUGAGUGACCACCUCCCUUUUUCGAAUGAUUUCAUGAAACCAGAAGGUGCUGCAACGCGGAGAAGGCUUAACUCUAAAUCCCAGGUGACCCGGCUGACGGAAGGAACAGCUGCUGAAGAUGUUCACCAAGUUAAAAAAGAAAAUUGCCGAGGAAGCAGCCACUGCUCCUCGCCUUGGAGGUCCAGCAGGACGUAUUCCCCGAUCUGUUAGCAGAGAGUCCAUCACUUCAGCAGGAGUCGACUCUGGAGAUGACUUUGCCUCUGAUGGAAGCAGCUCCAGAGAUGAUCUUUCUUCUCAACUCCUCAGAAAAGAUGAGAAGAUUCGAAAGCUGGAGGCAAAACUCGCAGAUUGUGCUGAACAGCUGAGAAACACACUGAGGAUAAAAGAGAAGCUUGAAAUUGCAUUAGAAAAACAUCAGGAUUCUACAGUGAGGAAGCUUCAGGAACAGAAUGAAGCCUACCAGGGUAAUUAUGCCAAAAUGGCAGAGGCAAAGGCUUUGGCCUUAGAGAAAAAGGAUCAGGAAUGGAGACAGAAGUUUGCUGAUCUCCAGCAGGAGAAUGAAAUGUUGUCUGCCAGACUAAAUAACAUGAAGGAACAAAGUCUAAGUCUUUUCCAAAAAAGAGAUGACAUUGAUGAACUUGAAGGGUUUCAGCAGCAAGAGCUGGCCAAGCUUAAACAUAUGUUACUCAGAAAAGAAGAGGUUUUGACACAGAAGGAGAAUGAAUUAUCAAAGCAUAUAAAAGAUCUGAAUGAAGCUAGAGUGGAGCUGAAGACAACAAGUGAGAAACUAUCACAUGUAGAAGAGAAGCAUCGGGAGCUAAAAUCUCUUCAUUUGCAACUACAGCAGGAAAGGGAACAAUUACUCUCUGUGAAAGUAGAAGCUGAAAAGAAGAUAACAGAACUGGAGCAGAGAGGUUUAGACCUGCAAAAUGUCAUUCAGCAAGUUUCUCAGGAUUCCCAAAAGGCUCAGAAUGCUUCCAGUAUUUUGGAGAAAACAUUAACUGCACUUCAAGCUGAACAUGAGGCCUUAAAAUUAGAACAUGAGCAGCAUAAACAGAAGACAGCUGUAACAGUGGAGGAGAAAGAUAAAAUAGUUGGACUGCUACAAGUCAAAGUGUCAUCACUGGAAAAAAGAAUUGAAGGAAAUCUUUCAGAAGAUGAGCAUUUACAAGAACUUCUUAAGGAGAAGUCCUUCCUGGAGCAGAAGUUAGAAGAGUCCAGACAGGAGCUACUGGAGACAAAGACCAGCCACAGUGAAAUUAACAGUAUAUUGGAAGCACAAUUAUCAAAACUAAACAGCAAAGUUGCAGAGUUGCAGACACUUCUGAAAUACAAAGAUGAAUCCGCACAGUCCUUCAAAGAUAAAAGUCAAAGUCAGAUCAAUGAACUUGAACAAGCAUUGCAAGAUGUUUCUGAUAAACUAAAAGCAAGUCAAGAUCAGGUUAAUGAGAAGGAGUCUGAAAUCAAGAAACUGACUACUGAUGCAGAAGAUAAGAAUAACAAAUUUCAACAGCAGAUUGCAGCUUGUCGACAUCAAAGUGCAGAAAAAAUCAGCAGACUGGAAGCCCAAAUAACUGUCCUUGAAACUGCCAAAGAGUUUGAUAAAACGGCUGCACAGCACAAAGUAAGUCAGCUUCAGCAGGAAAAUGAUGAUUUACAAGAACGAAUUGCUGAAUCAGAACAUAGCCUGAACAGACUGGAGUCGGACCUGAAAAGCAUAAAGGUGGAAUUAAGCAGUAAAGAAACUGUUAGCACAGAGAUUGCAAAAGCACUGGAGGAAAUGAGAAAGCAAAGGGAAGACCUUCAACUGCAGGUUGUGGACUUGACUACGGCUUUAACCCAAAAGGAGGAGUUGCUUUCCAGUAAAUCAGCACAGCUGAACAGCAGAGAAGAAGAAAUAAACAACCUUAAAGAAGACCUUAACGCGGCCCAAGUUCAGCUAACCCAUCUGCAAACUGAGACAGAGAAGCUUAAAAGUGCAAUGACAGAAAAGCAAAAAGAAUCAGAAAAUCACCUUUCAAAGCUCAAGGAAGAAGUGCAGUCUCAGAGCGAGCAGCGAGAAGUCUGCGAGAGAAGGGUAGUUGAUUUAGAAGCAGAAGUUCAAAUGCUCAAUGGCCAGCUGCACCCACCUGGGGCAGAACACAACGGACCUGCCUCUGGCGAUGCCAUCGCUCAGCUUCAGAAAUGCAUCAAGGAGCUGGAACAGCAGAAUUUGGAGAAAAACAAGACAAUUAAGCAGCUGCAGCAGAGGUUAGUGGAGCUGAAGAAGACUUUUCAGAAGGAGCUGAAAAUAAAGCAUGAAGUCGAUUGUCCUGAGGUGAAGGAGAGACUCUGUUCUGAGCCCCCCAUGCUCGUCAGCACCUCGACCACUGUUACCAACAAUUCUGACCUAAAUGACUCGAGGGAAAUCAACUUUGAAUAUCUGAAGCAUGUGGUCUUGAAAUUCAUGUCCGCUCGAGAGGCAGAGGCCUACCAGUUAAUAAAAGCUGUGUCUGUGUUGCUGAACUUUACCCGGGAAGAAGAGGACAUGCUCAAGGAGACUUUAGAUUAUAAGAUGUCGUGGUUUGGGUCAAAACCUUCACCAAGAGGUAUUAUACGCCCCUCGAUUUCAGGAGCCCCUUCGCACUGGAACUGAUGCAAAUCGAUUCACCCAACUUCUGUCAUGCCGUGGAUUUUCUUUCCGUGGAGCGCCAGUGAACAGCAGGGCGUCAGCUCUGACUUUCUGACAUCACUGUUGUUGCAGUGUUUUUAUUAUAAGACUUCACUUUUUUUAAGGCAACUGUUUACAUCAAAAGGUUUGUAUCGAUGUAUCCUAUAAUGUAAAUAGAGAUCCUUCACUCUCAUUGACAUGGGGGCACUUGCAUUUUUUUCGGUUUUAAGACAAAUUUGGGCUAAAAUUGGAAAUCAUCAUUCAGGCUUAGAGGGACACCAUAAUCUUUCUGUUUAGUAACGAAAGAAAUUACCCAUUAACAGUGAUUAGUUUAUAUAAAAUGUAUGUUAUAAAAUGGUUUGGGGGAGAAAUCAGGAGUAUUAACUUUUGUUUAUUGAAAAUAUACUGCCAAGGGUUCAGAUCCUCUUACUCCAUGAUGAGGAAACUGUGGGUAUACUUGUGAAUCCUGUUGUGCCACUUUGCCCCACCAGAAACCCGGAAGCAGUGUUAUAGCAUCUCUGUCGGUAACACAGGAAACACAAAGGGAAGUCACCGUUACCUGGAUUCUUCCCACUUGGAGCGGAGGGGGUGAAUCAAUGGCUGUGAAAAACGGCUUUUUACAAACUAAAACGAUGCACCUGGGUCAACCCUCGCACUUCAGUUAUUCACGUUUCAUUCUAGAAAUUCUCCCAGCACUCCAUCCCGUAAGUGAAAUUUGAUCUGUGGGCGUCAGACUGGACUUUUUUUUUUUAAUGGGAUACACAGACUCGCAGAGCUUCCGCUGGCAAAAAUUUGGUGUAUUGCAGACCUUAAGUAUGGCAAUUGGAAACGAAAAAACUGAACCGGCAAAAAUUGGGGUUUAUCUGCCUCAAAAAGCUACUGACGUGAAAAAUUGCCCGUAAUGAGCAUGCCCAAAGUAUUUAGGUUUCAUCUGCCAUAACUUUCACCAAGAAAAACAGUUUAGAAGAGAAGUAAAGCAGUUUAACGGGUCUGUUGUUUAAAAGACCCAGCAGACUUUCUGAACACGAGAAUGUGGACUAAUGUGCGACGCAGUAUUGUUUUAUUUCAGUUUACCGAUCUCUUCUUGUCAUGGUGGCCAGCAUCUCUCAGAAUGUAACCUUUUUUUUGUGUGUGCGUGGAGACCCCCCUCUUUCAUUUUCCCUGCAUCACAUUUUUUUUUUUUUAAACAAAAAAGGGGAAAUUUGCUAAAAUCCAAAUAAAAGAAGGUACAGUUUGGGUUUUUCAACACCAAAAGCGGGGAUGUAACGUACAAUUCCUGCAUGUCCUGUUGCUGCUGUCCAUGAUGGGAUGUCUGAUCUAAAAGCCGCCAGGCUGUCCGAGAUGUACCUGCAGCCUGCCGCCUUGCCUUGCUUUGUUGUACAUUCCAUUUGAGAAUAUUUAUAUAUAAAUACUGUACAUAUGCAAAAUUUCUAAUACACUUGGAUGUAUAUGA